AUGGGAUCCUUAAGCAGUCGCCUGUUGGGACGCAGGGAGCCGGGCACAGAGGAGCCAGAAUCCCUGGGGAGCCCCAGUUAUGUAGUUGGCAGUAGAAAGCGAAAGCGCAAACAAAGCGGAGAGUGCUGUUUAGAUCCAGACUCUGGCAGCUACAACUAUCUGGACCCAGGAGAGAAACUACACAUAACACGCCACAUAAGCCACAAGAAAAAAGCUAAGAUUUCAUCGACAUUUGCUUACCAAACUUUUUUUUUGAAUGGAAUGAUGAGUGACAUUAAAAUCCGUGCUCUGGGGAAAAUUUGGUGUUUGCACAAAAUAUUUUUAUCUCAGUCAGAAUACUUUGCCAAGCUGUUUAGAGAUUCAUGGAAAGAAAGCAAUGAAGAUAUUAUUGAACUUGAAAUUAAUGACCAAAAUAUAGAUGUGCAAUCCUUGCACUUUGUACUUGGCUCCUUGUACAGGGAUGAGGACUUCUUAAUAGAGCCCCCUCAAGUUCCAACUAUUUUGGCAACAGCUUGCCUGCUUCAAGUAAAUGACUUAAUUUAUCAAUGUAAUGACAUCAUGAAAGAAACAAUUAAUGUGAAAACUGUGUGUAGAUAUUAUAUAGCAGCAGACACUUAUGGAUUAGACUAUGUAAAGAAAGAAUGUUUUGAAUGGCUUCUUCACAACUUGAUGACACACCCAACUAUUCAAUUGUACAAAGAAAUCAGCCUAGUACUCAUGAAACUGCUCAUUUCUUCCUCUGAUUUACUAGUAAUGCAAAAGGAAGUGGAUAUAUACACUACACUCAAAGAAUGGAUGUUCCUUCACCUUAAUCCAGAUUGGAAAGGCUCAAUUAAUCAGCUUUUAGUUAAUGCUAACAACUGGCUUUCCAGGCAUAUGGAAUGUGUUGACAAUACCACUCUUCUUGAAACAGAAGAAGGAAGACCAUUUCAACCAGUGUUUAAAAAACUGAGGUUUCAGCACAUUAUCUGUGACCUGGCCUCCACAAGACUUAUUGAAAAAGAUCGUCUAAUACCUUCUGAGUGGUUAUCAUCAGUCUACAAACAACAAUGGCUUACCUUGCUUAAGACACAAAAAUACAAGGAAAUUGGGCCUCAAGUUAUGAAUAUAAGAGAAUUUGAAGGAUGCAGCAUGAGGUGUGGUAAAAGGAUUAUCAGAAAUGGUAAAUACUCCUGGAAGUGGUCAGGCUUCCAUUUUAGCUUUCCAUUAUAUGUCAUCUUUACCAGUCAUUAUAUAAUUUUCAAGCAAAAUACUUUUAAUCAGAUGAAUGAAUGUUCUACCUGUAUACCAGUUCUGCGACAUAUUGCAUUCAGAUUAACCUUGGUAAAUUUUGAUUCUACUAGAAACCUAAGUUUCAGCAAAACAACAGGUUGUAAAAUCCUUACCUUCAAAAAGGAUGAGGAACAAAUAGCAAUGAGAUUGGAUAGCACAGUUCUGAAAUUCCCUUUAUAUAUAUUUUGCAACUUCCUGUUCAUAUCUUCAGAAAAUACAGGAAAAUAA